UCUGGGAAUAUUUUUCUGUUUGCCAGUUGAUCUCUUUCGUUUUCUUUUUUACAUUUGUUCGAGCAUCGCAACAGAGUUUUUGAUCAAAUAUUUUUUUUGAAGACUGCUUGGAAACACGGACAAAUUCAUUCAACUCUAUAUGCCAGGUGGUAACAGCAACGAAAAUUCGCUAGAAUCAACUUUUAACUCAAGCAAAUAACCGUUAAACCAAAAGCAAAUGUUUUUCAAAUGUGUUGUCGGGAAAGAAAAAUUGAACUGAAAACUAGAAAAAAAACUGAAACACUUAAGCAACAACAGCAUUUCUGUUGAAAUGCACCGCACACAGUUUUCAUAUUUGUUAGAUGAUUUAAUCCGCAAAUAUAAAUGACGAUUGAUUUUAUCCCAGCAACUAAUUCUCAAUAUUUUCGGGGAGAGACAGAGAAAUGGGGAAAUAGAGACACAUACACAAACAGGAAAAGAGAGAGAGAGAGAGAGAGAGAGAAGAGAAAGAGGGAGAGAGAGGAAGAGGAAGGGAUGAGCGAGAAAACUGUUUUUAAUUUGUCACCAAGCUGCAAUUAUAUUCACAUUAGAAGUCGGUGCGCUUAUUUAAAGCCAAACGAUCGCUAUUAUUAUUAUUCUUUCAAUUGGAUGCUGGGACUGAGAAAGGCUUGUUUUUGUUUUAUUUUAUUUUUACAAUCUUUGACCAAUAAUAAAUGAAAGAUAACAAUCCAUGCAAAAUAAAAAGAGCCCAUGAAACAUGCAAAUAGACGAAAUUCAUGACGAAAAACAGUAAACAUAUUAGAUAACGAUGCUAAAGACAAUUGAAUCUAUUCAGUUUUGAUUAUAAAUACUUGUGAAUUCUGGUGUGAAUUAAUUCAGUGCUCGGUCAUAAAGCCAUCGAUGCGUGAACAUAAGACAAGGUGCACUCAAUAUCAGAGUUCUAUUUCCUUUCAUAAAACGUGCUGCAGUGUUUUGUAAAGUAAAUAAAUACCAACAGUUUUGUUCGUAACUCUAAUUAAAAAUAAAGAAAAAAGUACAAUUUUUGCAUAUAUAUUAGUCAAAUAAGUACAAAUAAACGCUUGGAACGAAUCACAAAAAAUAAUCGAGAUGACAAUUCAAACGUCAGUGCGCCUAAACACAGACGCAACGGCCGUUUGGAAGGUUGAACGGCCGUUCUAUGAACAGCAACAAUUCAACAACGAAUUAAACUACUGUAAACCAGAAGAUGAUCGAAAAACUAGCUGCUCACAAUGGAUCUACAAUAUUAAACCAACAAAUAUUUUUUUAAGCAUUUUCCCCAUUUUCACAUGGCUGUCACAAUAUAAUAUAAAGAAUGAUUUGGUGGGUGAUGUCGUCUCUGGGUGCACUGUAGCCAUAAUGCAUAUCCCACAAGGAAUGGGGUAUGCAAUGUUAGCUAAUAUACCUCCAAUCGCUGGUAUUUACACAGCAUUUUUUCCCGUUUUGGUGUAUUUCAUCUUUGGUACAUCGAAACACAAUUCGAUGGGUACAUUCGCGGUGAUCUCAAUCAUGGUUGGCAAAUCAGUUCUCAAGUAUGCACAAGAUUCGGUGACAUUUCAUCCGGCCGAGAAUAAUUCAAUCAGCCAUGCAGAUGAAAUAUGGACAAUGGAGCAACCAAUAUACACGCCGAUGCAGGUCGUCACAUCGCUAUGUCUGAUUGUUGGAUGCAUUCAACUUGUAAUGUAUGUCUUAAGAUUGGGUAUAAUGUCAUCAUUGCUAUCAGAAACCUUAGUCAGUGGCUUCACUACAGGUGCCGCGAUACACGUUUUCACGUCGCAAGUAAAAGACUUGCUUGGAAUCAAACUUAGUCCCGUUGUUGGGAAUUUCAAAAUUAUUUUGAAUUAUUUAGAAAUUUUUAGUAGCUUAUCAGCAAUCAAUUGGACGGCUGUGGUAAUAUCUGUAGUGACGAUAACAUUAUUGUAUUUAAAUAAUGAGUUGCUCAAACCAAAAUUGAAUAAAAUUUGCUUGUUGCCCGUGCCAAUCGAAUUGAUAGCGGUGGUGGCUGGAACUUUGGUAUCGAGAUAUUUGGAUCUAUCAAUGAAUUACAAUAUCAAGACCAUAGGCCAUAUUCCAACCGGUUUUCCAGCAUUUGAUUUACCAGACUUAGAACUUUCCAAGCAGCUAUUCAUGGAUGGCUUCAUAAUAUCAAUGGUGUCGUAUACCGUUUCGGUGUCGAUGGCUUUGAUUUUUGCACAAAAAUUGAAUUAUGAAAUAGAUUUCAAUCAGGAAUUAUUGGCAAUGGGUGCAUCCAAUGUGUGCGGUUCAUUUUUUUCGUGUUUACCAUUAUCCGCUUCACUUAGCCGUUCGGCUAUACAACAAUCAACUGGUGGGCGAACACAAAUUGCCUCUAUCGUUUCCUGUGCACUUUUGACCUUUGUCUUACUUUGGGUUGGUCCAUUCUUCGAACUUUUACCGAGAUGCGUUUUGGCCAGUAUUAUAGUCGUUGCUCUAAAAGGAAUGCUCUUACAAGUCAAACAGUUCGUUCAAUUUUGGAAAAUGUCGCAUUUGGAUGCCGUUGUAUGGCUAGUUACAUUUUUAACCGUAGUUAUCUUUUCAAUUGACAUUGGCCUUUUGGUGGGUAUCGUUUUGAGUUUAGCCUGCAUAUUCAUUCGCGGCUUGAAGCCUUACACAUGUUUGCUUGGACACAUUCCAAAAACGGAUUUAUAUUUAGAUAUCAAACGAUAUAAAGCGGCUGAGGAAAUGAACGGCAUCAAAAUUUUCCAUUACUGUGGAAGUUUAAAUUUUGCCUCACGAGCUUCAUUCAAAUCGGAACUUUGCUCGCUCAUUCGACUUGACCUUGCAAGCGAAAUGCGUAAUCAUUCGACGAGUACGCAACAAAGAUACGAAUCGAUUGACUUGAAAUGCUUAAUCAUUGAUUUCAGUGCUUUGAGCUACAUCGAUCCAUCGAGCGUGUCAUCGUUGAAGCUGCUUAUUGACGAUUUCAAUAAACUCUCGAUCAAAGUAUUCAUUUCUGGUGCAUCAUGUCCGGCUUAUGACAUGAUGAAAAGAUGCGGUUUAAACGAAAAACCAGAUAGUUCCUUCAAUUUUUUUCCUACAAUUCAUGAUGCUGUGCACCAGGCUAUGGAUAAUUUGGCGCCAAUUAGCGUUAUUACAGAAUGAUACAGAUUUUGUAGAAUAAUUAGACAUAGCCAAUACGCUUUUGAAUAUAAUUUGUAUGUGUAUAUAUAUAUGCUAUAUAUGGAUUAAUUAUCAUUAUAUGUAAUACCAAAACCUUCACAAGCACUAUGAAAUAAAGAUAAAUUUCAUCAAA